AUGUCUUGCUCGCGAUCGAUGACCGUUGACGAUGUAUCGGCCCUGAGCGACUCACAGCUUGGCGAAUUUAUGAAGAAACAUCGCCGCCCCGACGGCUCGUUCGAGAUUCCUAUUGAUGACUGGGACAGGUUGUCCAAAGAAGAGCGAGAUCGCCUUGCUCAGAGACUACAGUUCAUACAACGAGCAUUAACCGACGACCCUACGGCUCAUUCUCGUCCGCUUGACCUUGAUAAGCUCGACACGCUUUUGUGUGAUGUAGCCAGCAGAGAAGAUUCUCUAUCACUAGACCAACCGCGUACAAGGGAAAGAGAAACUCAAUCACCGGAAGAUCCGCUAGAGGUAUAUAAGGAGAGAGAGAUGGAAGCGUACGAUAACCUUGUCAAUGACGGUGGCCGCCCACUGUACCGAAUUGACCUUCUAGAAUCGGUUUCAAAAGACCCUGAUGCAUAUCACGAGAUGCUGGAGCCGUUUUGGCGGCAGCCUCGAUCCAGUAAACCAUCAGAGAUGGAUCACUUUAACGAUCAAGACGUAAUACAAAGACAAUGGCAUAGGUGGCAGAAUUUCCGAAAGUGGCAAUUAAAUAACAGAGGGACUAGCAACAAAGGCAAAGAAGAUGGAUUUUUAGCUUUUGCUGACAAGAUAAAGCGUAACUUUAUAGAAGUAGGCUGGGCAGAAGAGGCGGCCAAGAUUGAAGCUGAUCCGACAAUUUUGAAGAAGCCAGGCAAACAAUGGUAUUAUAUUCAGAGGCACCACAACUGGCAGCAACAGUACCAGCGAGAGCUUGGAUGCAAAGAUUUUUGUGAUUACGAAGAGGCGGUCAAAGCACGGUUGACUCGACAUGGCUUCACCCGACCGUUCCAUUUAGCAGAAGGUCCCAGGGAGCAGGACAGGUUAACGGAGUGGAUCGAGUAUCUUGGUUUCGAGUACUGGUGGCUUGACCGCUAUGCUGCGUCUAUGAAGCGUCUAAAAUCGAAACACGAUAAAGCCUGGGAAGAGUUAAAAAGAAAGGGAGUAGUAAAGGAUGAUGAAACUCCUGAAUUCGUCCGUACUCAUGCUUCAGGUACAAGAUGCCAAAUCGAAGAAGACCACGCACGGGAGGCAGUACAAAAUGCAGAAUCAGAGGCGAAACAGGUCUAUCAGAAGACGCAGAAGGACCCCAAUCGCCUGAGCAUUCCGAAGGAAAAGCGUAUCCAAAUGUUGGCUAAGGCUAGGAAAAAGCUAUCAGCAGCACGAGAAGCUCUUGACUUUACUAAACGACGUAGUCAUCUUCUUAUUGGCUUUGUUCACGCGACCUUUGACUACGUCAACGCAAAGCAGGACGUAGUUAACCAGACUAAUCUUUUGGAAUGGGCGGUGGAAGAGGCACACAAAAUUGAGGCCGAAGAGAAAUCGACAACUUUGGAGAGCAGCUCCCAGAACAAGAGAAAGGCAUUAGCCGAAGACGUCUGCUUAGCACAGCCAGACCCCAAGAGACAGAAGUCAAACGCUCGACAGCAUAGCCCGCAACCUAGCAGCAAUGAGAUUGGCAUGAGAGACAGGAGAGCUUUACACAGGCGAAAUCGUCCAUCAACAGACACAAAUCAACAACUUGAUCGAGAUCACUGCCAUAUCAUACAUGAUACAUAUCCUAGCCAAACCAAACUUGCUGGAUGGCCGGUGAAGCAAGUGUCCUUCACCGAAGCUGAGCCCGAAUCUGCAACUUCAGAGGGCAGGCCACGGAAAGGGAGAAAGGUCGCAUUCCAAGAUUCUUCUUUGGUGCAAUCAAGCCCCAAGAGACCGAAGUCAAAUGUUCAUGGGCACGGCGGGCAAUCUAGCGACAAUGGAGCUGGCGCGGCAGACAGGAGAGCCCUUCGCGCCCGAAAUCGACCGACGACGGGCAUCAGUCAACAACUAGAUCAACAUCAAAAUAAAAUUAAAAAAGACACAAAUUCCAGCAGCAAGUCACCAGUGCCUGACGUGCCGUCUCAGGAAUUCAUCCCGAGACUACGUCGCAGCUCUCGCCUUGCGGCCCUAAGUUCUGGACCAGGAGUUCGCUCGAAAAAACACCAGAACCACGUCCUCGGCAAUCUAGGAAGCGUAUAUUUACCAGUGGAGGAGGUGUUGGGGAAGCGCAUUCGUAGGAGGUGA